AUGGCUCACCUGAAGCAGACUUUUUCAUCUCUUUUCAACUGCUUUAGGGAAACACCAUCUCUCUUUUUGGGACUUGUGAGGUUGGACAGCUGCCUAGACACUGACGAAGAGCGUGUGAAUUUUGCUAGAAGAGAUGAACUGAACAGAGCUCACAGUGAGGAACCAGAUGGACCCCUGAACUCUGAGCUUGAUGUUUGUCACCAGGACCCAGAAUACAUGUUACCAACUCCCUUGCCGCAUGCCCAGGUCAAACUGAUCACCAGCUGGGAAGCAGGAUGGAAUGUAACAAACGCCAUUCAGGGAAUAUUUGUCCUAGGAUUGCCGUAUGCUCUCCUCCACAGUGGGUACAGUGGCCUACUUCUUAUUGUCGUGGCUGCAGCAUUAUGCUGUUACACAGGCAAAAUUCUAAUCAUUUGUUUGUAUGAAGAAAAUGAAGAUGGGCAACUUGUGAGAGUGAGAGACACGUAUGAAGAUAUUGCAAAUGCCUGCUGCAAAAAGCUAUCUCCCAAACUAGGGGGCAUAAUUGUCAAUGUGACCCAAGUGGUGGAACUGAUCAUGACAUGUAUUUUGUAUCUGGUUGUUAGUGGGAACUUGCUGUCACACAGUUUUCCGUAUGUAGCACUGACUGAGAAAACUUGGUCUGUAGUUGCAUUUGUUACUCUGUUACCUUGUGUAUUUAUCAGAACUCUCAAAAUUGUUUCCAAACUCAGCCAGCUUUGCUCCUUGGUUCACUUUGUUAUCAUCCUUGUAGUGAUGACUUACUGUCUCACACAAAUACACCAGUGGUCCUGGGCAAAAUUCAGACUCUCCAUUGACUUUGAGGACUUCUUGGUCUCCAUAGGAGUGAUUAUUUUCAGUUACACUUCACAAAUAUUUCUUCCCACACUUGAAGGUAACAUGCAAAACCCGGGGGAAUUUAGGUGUAUGCUGAAUUGGACUCACUUUUUUGCCUGUGUCUUGAAAACAACCUUUGCACUGACUGCUUUUUUGACCUGGGGUGAAGAAACAAAGGAAGUUAUUACAGACAACCUGCCAUCAUUUCUUAAAACACUAGUGAAUUUAUGUCUCUUAACCAAGGCUCUUCUUUCUUACCCUUUGCCCUUUUUUGCAGCCACAGAAAUUGUGUGUUCUUCUAUUUCUAAAGGCAACCAUUCCAAUUACAGAUCUCCACUACUUUCUCUGGGUGUAAGAGGCUCAUUUCUCUUGUUAACUCUGCUGAUGGCCAUGUUUACGCCACAUUUUGCCCUGUUGAUGGGUUUAUCAGGCAGCGUAACAGGUGCUGCUAUGACUUUUCUCCUUCCCUCUCUCUUCCAUUUAAAACUUAAAUGGAAAAACCUGUCCUUCUUGGAAAAAUGUGCAGAUAUCUCUGUUUUUAUUUUGGGCUUCCUUUGUAGCCUUGCAGGCAUAGUUUGCUCAAUAAAAGGGCUGCUUGAAGUAUUCGGAGGAGUGUAA